AUGGAGGCCCCAAAGACGCAAGUGUGCGGGCACUGGUGUGUGGUGAUCGACGAGGACAAGCGCCUGUGGAAGGACCUGCUGUGGCGCGACUUUCGGUGGCGCAAGGACCGCCACCGCGGCAAGGGGCGGAAGAAGAAGAACCAGCUCCGCGAGAAGUGCGUCUACCAGAAGCGCUACGCCGAGCUCAGCCACCAGCGCAGGCAGGCCGAGCUGAAGGAGGCCAAGCGGCGACUCGUCCAUCAGGACAGAGUCAUCAAGACCGCCCACAUCUUGCCUGGGGCUGGACGUGGCGGGCAAUGGGACGGAGAGGAGGUGGAACACCACAAGUACUGGCUGGCGCACUACCCGCAGCUGCUCUCCGUGUCGACGCCCGACGACUUCGCCCGCACGCGCCACCUGAAGACUGUGGCCUCCAAGCUCAAAUUGGCCCGCGAGACGCCAUCGGGCACCCUCAGCGCCACCGCAGCCCACACCACCUACGCCGCCUAUCUGCAGAGUCUCGCCGAGCCGCGGCCAAGCCCGAUUUGA